AUGUCAAAGACGGUGGUCACGUCCGAAGACUCGACUCGGGCGACGAGCUUCAGCUGCGCCUCCUGGAUCCGAGCCCGAGUGUCCCCAUCACCGCCAGGUGCAGCAGAUGGGUUUGCCAGAUCUCCAUCUGGCGCGCUCAGCAAUGCCUCCUCUGGGCGAUUCGUCCGUAGCCUCAGCCCAGUCCGUGCGAGCCAGAUCACCACUGGCUCUCUGACCACUGGCAAGGAUGUCUCGGAGAGGGAAGAAGACUCGGAUGUGGAAGAGCAAGACCUCAUGGACCACACUGGCAGCAUGUUUGUCAUGAAGGAGUCCAACAAAUUUCGGAAGGCGACCA